AUGUUUCUAGCCAAAGCUUUGUGUCCUCACAAUUGCACAACAACAGUGUGCCUUCGGAACAUGUUGAAACUUGGCCAACAACACCAACAUCACAACUCCAAUAAUAAUUGUGCUCAUCUUUUAACUACAUUAACAACCAUCAACAGAAAUUACCAUUCAUUUUCUCUUCAACUCUACGCAAGGAAAAAAGCUGCCAAUCCAGAAAUUGACUCGAUAUUUUCUGCGAUUCUCUCCAUUUCACCAAAGGCAACCAUUGGUUUACUUGCAAAGCAAGAGCCAGAGGACGAUUUGAUUACUGUAUUGAGAUCAAAGAGAGCAAAAGAAGGAGAUGUUUCUUCGUCAACAACACCACGACCUCCAUCCACAACUUCUCCAUUUUCUGCAAAACAAGUUAAUUUCACGCAAUAUACCAAAGUGGAAAGCUCAGUCUUAAACACUCCGCUAGAAAUGUCAGAAGAGGAACUUGCAGCAGAAGCAUUCCCAACUUCGAAAAUGCCCAACAUUAAUGACAACGACGAUAGUGACAUUUUAGAAUAUUUAAAAGAAUUGAAAAAUAGAAAUGUACACAAAACUGCCGAACAACAACAUGAAAUAGAAAUGACUGCAUCCGAUGAGGCCUGGAAAGAAGUUUUGGAGAAACCAGAAUCAAGUCGUUUAGAGGAAGAUUUAAGCGUACAAGCGGAUACAUCAACUCAAAGCGCUCAAUCCCAAGCCAAACAGCAAUCUCAAAACAAACACAAGCCUGCACGAUAUGAUCAAGAUGAUGUUGUGUUGCAAUUUUUGAAGGAUCUCAUCAAAUAA